AUGGGUUUGCUAGGUGAUAUAUCGCCUGAGGGGAGUAUUGCCAUCGGCGUAAUUGUCGGUGUCAUUUCUACCAGCCUACAAGCAAUCGGACUCACCCUCCAGCGAAAAUCACACUUACUAGAAGACGAAAAGGCGCCAUAUGAGGUUCGAAGACCUCCAUACAAGCGAAGAAGAUGGCAGCUGGGCAUGUUGAUGUUUGUCGUUGCGAAUAUUGUUGGGAGCACUAUACAACUCACGACAUUACCGCUGCCGGUUCUUUCGACGCUGCAGGCUUCCGGCCUAGUUUUUAAUACAAUAUCCGCGACGCUCAUUCUUGGAGAAACAUUUACAAAAUAUUCCUUCGUUGGCACAGUGCUCGUAUGCAUUGGUGCAGUCUUAAUAGCCACGUUCGGCGCCAUCGGAGAACCGGCGCAUAGUCUCGAUGAACUCUUAGAGUUGCUCGAUCAGCGGCCAUUCGUGGUAUGGAUGGUCAUGACCGGCUUGGUGGUUUUGCUUGUCCUUUUUAGUUCGCGCAUAAUCAAGACCAUUUCGACGCCGGGCAGCUCCAAAAUCUUUCGCUCUAUACACCUUCCUCGUUCUUUUAUAUCCCCCCACCAAGGGAAAUUCUACCGUGGGUUAGCAUUCGGGUUUUCCAGCGGAGUCCUGUCGGCUCACACGCUGCUGCUGGCCAAAUCAGCGGUUGAGCUACUUGUCCGCACGAUCGUUGAUCAUGUGAAUCAAUUCAAUCGAUGGCAGUCCUGGAUGAUUUUGAUCGGGCUGGUCCUUCUCGCCCUAACCCAAUUGUACUAUAUGCAUCUUGGCUUGAAGUUGUGUAGCACUAGCGUUCUUUACCCUUUUGUUUUUUGCAUCUACAACAUUGUCGCGAUUUUGGAUGGAUUGAUUUAUUUCCGUCAGGCGUCUCAACUGACGGGACUACAUGCUGGCCUCAUUGCGCUUGGCACUGUUGUUUUGUUGGCGGGUGUUUUGUGCCUUUCCUGGCGACUGGAGGCGAACGACACUCACCCGAGUCUUACAUUGCCGAAUACAGCGCAGACACCUUUGGGAGCUGGAAUGGGCAUUGUGGAAGAAUACGCCGAACCUGAAGAAGACGAAGAGUUCAUGGAUGGUGAACGGCAACCACUUUUGUCGAAAGGGACCGACACAUCGCAUCAACGUGCUCCAAGUCUACCUUUAAUACCUACAUAUCGAUAUCGAUCUCACACCCUUGACGCUCAUACAUUCAAUAAUGAAUCGGCACAAAUCUGGGCGGAACUCGAUGACUCCGAAAAUGAAGGCGCCGGACGACGGCGGACAUCGACGGAAUCUCCAUCGAGCUCAACGACACGAAAGCGGAUUCUACAGUACCCGCAUAGGCGGACAUUCUCAGUUCUUCCUUCUGAAACUCGAGGGCAGAGACGACCAUCGUUAGGAGAUAACGAAAGUCACUCGUAUUUCCGUGUAUCCAAGACCCGGGAUGCGAAGCAACAAGCCGAUCCUCCAUCGGCGUUGUCGCGUUGGAGUCCGCGUCGCUUGCAGUAUCAACGAGGGUAUACUGGGUCAUCGAGACGCACCUCAGCACCAGUCUCAUUAGGCAAGAAGCCAGGUUUCGGUCACGCACCGAGCCCGAUUCGUAACAAUCAAGAUGAACUGCCGCGAACUUACGGGGCGACCUCUCAUAGCAACGAGCAGGGCAACACUGAAACUGUUGUCGACAAUAAUGACUCGGAUUCAGGCACAAUCCUCAGCGCUGGUUGGAAGCGGGGUGUGGUAUUAUUAAAGCGGUGGACGGGGAUAUCAUGGCCUCGAAGGAAUCGGCGAGACUCGACGCAUUCCCCUGUUUGA